AUGCGAGCGAUUUCCUUGAUCUCCUUGCUCAAGCAAGCCACCCCUCUGCAGCAUUUGCCUUCUUCCAGAUCACAAAGCAGCUUGGUGCAAUGCCGUUUCCUCGUCGCAUUGCAGUGCUUCUUCCCAAUCAUUGUCUUUUUCGGAGGCAUAUGCCUCCCCGAAUCGUUACGCUGGUGUAUCCGGAAUGUCCUCAAGCAGCAAGCGACGGAUAUCUUCGUGCAACUCGACGAUGCUGUCACUCAGCAGCUCGAUGGCUCGAGGGUGCAGGCGGACAAGGAGUUGAGGGAUUUCUGGUACAAGGAGCUGUUUACAAACGACAAGUAUCAGAACUUCUACCGCGCCACCGUCGUAUUUAUUGAUCAGGCUCUCCAGCAAUUGAGAGGUAUCAAUGUGAUUCUUGCGAAGAAGUUACCUGCUGUGAAAGACAUGCAGCUGUUGCUCGCCGCGGGCAGGAGCGACCGCUACCCGCUUGAUCAAGCUGCGGACGGGGCAACUCACUACCUCUUGUACAGCGGGCGGCUGCUCAACUUCGGGAACGGGACUGAGUACUUUGCGGCCGGUAUCCUCGCGCACCUCCUCAUAGAUAGCGCUGGGAACCGCAGCCCGAUGCUCUGGACCACUGCACGGAUGGCAGCGUCGAUGGCUGUGCUUGCCAGCUCCAUCUCGGUCGUCAACAAGGGUCAGCAAGGCACACCCGAGUCGUACAUCGCGGCGAUCGCGCUCUAUACCUUUAGCACAUGGUUCGCCCUCGGCUGGGUUGGGCAUGGCGUAGCUGUGCCCGGCGGAGAUUGCGAACAUCCGCGUUCAAUCCUCUGCCACGGCGCUUUCCACUUCCAACUGGAACUUCAACUUCCUUAG